AUGAUAUUUACAUCAUCAAAUCGUCGUCAUAUAAUUCAUGUUUGUUGUUUUAUUAUCUUUAUUUUCGUAUUUGAAGUAAUAGCCGGUGGUAUAAAUAUAUUUCCAUUAAAUAAAUUGUCAUCAAAUUUAAUUGUAUUUAUCUCAGAUCCUAUUGAAUAUUAUGGUUUAUUAUUAACAAUAAUUAUUUAUUUUAUACGUUUAUUAUCUUUGUUACCAUUACCAUUAGUUAUAUGUCAUACAUGUGGUUUAAUUUUCUAUAAUAUAUUUCCUGAUCGACCUGAAUUAUUAAAUUCACCAUUAUUAGGUCCUAAAAUUCGUAUACGUGUUGUAACACGUGGUGAUUAUCCUGAUUUAAUUAAUACAAAUGUUAAACGAAAUUUAGAUACUUGUGCAAAAGUUGGUUUAGAUAAUUUUCAAAUAGAAAUUGUAACUGAUAAACAAAUAAAUCUACAUAUUUUAACCGCUAAUAUGGUACGACAAGUUGUUGUACCAAGUACAUAUCGAACAAAAUCAGGUGCUUUAUAUAAAUCACGUGCAUUACAAUACGCAUUAGAACCUGAUGUUAAUCAACUAUCAUCCGAUGAUUAUAUUGUACAUUUAGAUGAAGAAACAUUAUUAACAGAAAAUUCAGUACGUGGUAUAUUAAAUUUUGUUAAUUUAAAUGAAUAUGAUAUUGGACAAGGUCUUAUAACAUAUGCUAAUGAAACAAUUGUUAAUUAUAUAACAACAUUAGCUGAUAGUAUGCGUGUUGGUGUUGAUUUAGGAUGUUUAAGAUUUUGUUUAAAAAAACUUCAUCGGCCACCAUUUUUAUUUAAAGGUUCAUUUGUUGUAUGUCGCGCUGGUUGUGAAUUUGAUGUUAAAUUUGAUAAUGGACGAGCUGGUUCAAUAGCUGAAGAUACAUAUUUUGCUAUGUUAGCUAUGUCAAAAAAUAAAAAAUUUGGAUGGAUUGAAGGUGAAAUGUGGGAAAAAAGUCCAUUUACAUUAGCAGAUUUUGUUAAACAACGUAAACGAUGGUUACAAGGAAUUUUACUUGUUGUUCAUGAUAUGCGAUUACCACUUCGUGUACGACUUGGUUUAGGCAUUGCACUUUAUUCAUGGGUUACAUUACCAAUAACAGCAUUAAAUGUUAUACUUGCACCACUUUGUCCAAUACCAUUACAUUGGACAUUAAAUUUUCUUAUAAAUUAUGUUGGUGCUGUUAAUAUUUAUUUAUAUAUAAUUGGUGCCGUUCGAUCAUUUUCAUUAGUACGUUUAGGUUAUGUGCAAUUUAUCUUACGAAUUAUUGGUACAUUAGCAACGAUUCCAUUUGUUGUUGUAUGCGAAAUAACUGCUGUUUUAUGGGGACUUUUUAGUGAUAAAGGAAAAUUUUAUGUUGUUGAUAAACAAUUAAAACCACCGGUUCAUGUUUAA